AGCUAGCGCUGAGCACUAGUCACUAGCUGCUGGCGCCUGGCAGUGACUUAAGUAGUGCCGAUAGAUAUGUAUUAUAUUAUGUAUUAUAUAUUUUUAUAAUAGUAAUAAACACUAAAAAAUAAUACCGUUGUUAUCGUAGCUGUUUGUUUUUUUGGUGUGAAUAUUAUUGUUUCGACAAACUGAUACUUAUCGUUAGGCACCGAAGAAAACGUCGGAGUGAAACCGACUUGAAAGAACUCCGUCGAAGUUAGGGGUGCUACACCAGAAGAGUCGGUCGCCGGACGACGAUGGAUUUCAUAAUAAACCGCGAUCGUUUCCGUCUGAAACGUUAAGAGGCCUGUCUGCAUAGAUCAGUGGUUGUUGGGGUGUGUCUGUAGAUCUUGCAGACGAUGCAACACAGCAGCGGGGUGAUCGGCAAACCGGACACGAUCAGACCCGCCAAACAUAAUGGUGGCAAUAUCGCCGGUAUGUACGAUUUGGAGCAGACGCUUGGAAAAGGCCAUUUUGCUGUCGUCAAGAUGGCCAGGCAUGUGUUCACUGGUGAACAGGUAGCCGUCAAGGUGAUUGACAAGAAUAAGCUGGAAGAAGUCUCUCGUAAUCAUUUGUACCAAGAGGUUCGAUGUAUGAAAUUAGUGCAGCAUCCUAAUGUCGUGAGAUUAUAUGAAGUGAUUGAUACACACAGUAAAUUAUAUCUAAUACUUGAGUUAGCUGAUGGUGGAGAUUUAUAUGAUUACAUUAUGCGACAUGAAGGCGGAUUGUCUGAGCAAUUAGCUUGUGAAUAUUUUGCACAGAUUGUUAGAGCAAUAUCGUACUGUCACAAAUUACAUGUUGUCCAUAGAGAUUUGAAACCUGAGAAUGUGGUUUUUUUUGAAAAACAAGGGAUUGUUAAACUUACAGAUUUUGGUUUUAGCAAUACAUUUUGUCCUGGUCAAAAAUUAGAAACAUCAUGUGGUUCGUUGGCUUAUUCGGCUCCUGAAAUUUUGAUUGGAAAUUCAUAUAAUGCUACUGCUGUUGAUAUCUGGUCAUUGGGUGUAAUUUUGUACAUGUUGGUAUGUGGUGAAGCACCAUUUCGUUCAGCUAACGACAGUGAAACUUUAACAAUGAUUAUGGAUUGUAAAUACAAAGUAUCCAGUCAUGUGUCUGAAGAAUGUAAAGCACUUAUUGGUCGUAUGCUUGUGAGGAAUCCUGAGAAACGAGCUACUCUUGAUGAGAUCGCUGCAGAUGUUUGGUUGAAAGAUGUCAAGGCGAUAAAUGACGACGAGAGUCCAUUGGUGUCUAAACAGUUAAUUAACGAAGACGACCAUGCAUUAAUUAUACAAAAAAUGAUUAGUGGAAAAAUAGCUACAAAAGAACAAAUUGUGGAGGCUCUAGAUAAAAACGAGUAUAAUCAUAUUACAGCUACCUAUUAUUUACUCGCAGAAAGAAAAUUGAAGUCUGCAACACCUAAAAAAUCUCAAGCUAUUAAAAAUGAUAUGAAUGUUCCUCAGUUAAAAGUAGAUGAUAGUUCUAAUCAAAAUAACGUUUUGACGAUAGUCAAUGUAGCGCCUAAAUCUGCUAUAUUAGGAUCAUUGCAUUCUGAUCGACCUAAAAGAACACGGAAGUGUAGUGUUGUAGUUGAAGAAGAAGAUGAAAAGGAAGAUGAGGAAGAAGAUGAUGAUAGUAGUUCAUUAAAUCGAAGGGGUUCUCGGUCAGAAGGAAAAUUGAAUACAAUAGCUUCUGAACUACGAACAAAACAACUUUCGAUCACUGAAGUACAUGAAACAAAUCCAACGUCUGCUUCUGUUGUGUCUAACAAAAUCCCACCACCCUUUGUGUCUUCUCAUAGUUCACCACAGUUACUUGACGAUAAGCAAAACAGAACUGGCAACUACAUAACAUAUGAACAAAGGCGAAGCAAAAUGCAUAAAAAUCGUACAGCAUCCUGUAGUAGCUCUGAAACCAGUGAUGAUGAUACUGAUGGCCGUAAAAAGCGAGGCAGUAGUAGGUCAUUGGCUUCAUUUAAGGGUAACGAUAAAGAUCCUGAUAAUGAUGGAAUGGGAAAUGCUGGUGGGCAAGGGACAGAGCCCUCACAAGAACAUGAUACUGAUGUCCAAAAAAAAGAUGGGAAAAGUGGGAAUAAAACAGAAAGACCAGGUAGUAGUGCUGCAGGCAGACGACGAUGCAUAAGCGCGAAUGCCAGGAGUCGAAGGGGUAGAUCAGCUGAAACUAGAUUAAGAGAGAGUCAAAGUUUGAAUCGUAUCACUGAAGUCCAAGAAUCUGAAGUAAAUACCCCAAGUUUAACUGCUAACUCGGAUAAUUUUGAGUUUACCAACAAAAACUGUCAGGUAUCCGUAGAGAAUACUAUUGCUGACAAAAACCCUGCAACCAUAUCAACUUUACCCCAAUAUAAAAAACACCAGACAUCCAAACGCAUCUCAUUGUUUAGUAAGUAUUUGAAUUUACAAAAAAAACUGUGUACACAAAUUCUGUUUAGCAAGAAGAGUACAGAUAACCGUUUAUAUAAGGCAAAAUCGUGUUCAGAAAUGGCUAACUCCAAAAUUGCUGUAAGAGAAGUAAGCACUGACAGGUGUUAAUCCCUUUUCAUGUACCGCACAACGAA